AUGGCGCUCUGCAUCUCCUAUUACCUCCAGAUCAAGCGUAUUCGCGCCGUCCAUGAGACCGUCAUUUCCAUCUUUGCCGGUAUGAUCGUCGGCAUUGUCGUUCGCCUGUCUCCAGGCCACGUUAUCCGUGACAUGAUGUCAUUCAAGCACACAGUGUUCUUCAAUCUGCUCCUGCCGCCGAUCAUUCUUAACUCGGGGUACGAGCUGAAGCAAAAUUUCUUCCGCAACUUUGGAGUAAUUCUGACGCUGACGGUCAGCGUUCUCGUGUACAUCUGGGGUCUGCUCGGACUCGAGGGUCUCAAGUUCUCUCUCCUCGAAUGCCUCAUCUUCGGCUCGACGCUUUCGGCAACGGAUCCGGUCACAAUUCUCGCCAUCUUCAACACGGCCAAGGUGGACCCGAAACUGUAUUCGAUCAUCUUCGGCGAGAGUAUUUUAAACGAUGCCGUCUCCAUCGUCAUGUACGAGACGCUGUCCCACUUCCACGGCGGUGACGACAUUUAUCUAUCGUCUCUGUUCCACGGUGUCGGCAUCUUCCUGUUCAGCUUCUUCUCAUCUAUGCUGCUCGGCGUUGCGUUCGGUCUGGUGUGCUCCCUCGGUCUCAAGCACUCGCACUUGGCGACCUAUCCGCAGAUCGAAAGUUGUCUCGUCGCUCUGUGCGCCUACACCGCCUAUUUCUUCUCCAACGGUCUCAGUCUCAGCGGCAUCGUGUCUCUGCUCUUCUGCGGUAUCACCCUGAAGCACUACGCAUACCACACCAUGUCGAAGCGCACACAGCGCACUACCAAGUAUAUGUUCGCUGUGCUGGCCCAGCUGUCCGAGAACUUUAUCUUCAUCUACCUCGGCCUCAACCUCUUCAUUCAGGACGUCCAGGUCUUCAAGCCUCUAUUCAUUGUUGUCUCGGCUAUUGCGGUAAUGGCUUCGCGUUACGCCGCAGUGUUCCCGCUCUCCGAACUUAUCAACUGGUUCUUUUAUACCAGGGGCCAGCGCUAUGAGGAGCUGCCUCACUCAUACCAGAUGAUGCUGUUCUGGGCCGGUCUUCGCGGUGCAGUCGGCGUGGCGCUUGCGGCUGGAAUCGAGGGCGAGAACGCGGAAGCACUGCGUACGACUGUCCUCGUCGUCGUAGUCUUGACGGUGUGCAUCUUUGGAGGGACGACGGCCCGAAUGCUCGAAGUUCUUGGCAUCCGCGUCGGAGUGGAGGACGAUGAUGCCAGUUCUGACGAGGAAGAGGAGGGAUGGACGCACGGCGGUAACAUCUCGUUACAAAACACACGCCGUUACGCUCUUCAGAACGGAAUGUACGGCGACGACGAUGACGGAGGGUACAAUACGACCCCGAUAGAUUCGCCCUACAUCUCGAGCGGGAUCAACAUUGGGAACCAGCGUCGCUCCCUUUCUCGCGGCGCAAUGUCGCGGGCUGGAUUCUCCACCAAUUCUGAGGAUUCAGACGAGGAGCCUCUGCCUCAGGGCUACGGCGACCGUGGCGAUGUCGAGGCUGGUCACGCUGGUGAGAGACAGGGGAUGAUUUUCCGCGACGGACAGUGGUUCACUUCACUCGACGAGCGCUACCUUCUGCCCCUGUUCUCAAACUCCGUCACCGCUCGCAGGCACCACGCAAAGAAGGCUCGCAAGGGACGCGCGAGCAGUGGCGCAUACAACGGUGGGGAGUCUGGAAGUGGUACGCCGCUUGGCGGCAGCUCGCUCGAGUUGACCCGUGAAGAGUAUAGUUAUGACGGCGGCAGUGAGAACGGCAAAGGGAAGCCAACGCGUAACUUUAGCGGUACCGUUUCAGAAUUCUUCUUUGCUCGUGCUGAGCCUUCUUCCAGUCAGAAUCAGUCACCAACAGAAGCCAGUUCGCGGAAGGGUCGCGAGGGCAGUAGGGACCGCGGUGGAGGUGAUUAG